GUGGAUUUCAGCAGCAGCUUCCGGCCUGAAUGUUCUCCAAUUUGUUUUUUGAUGUUGCUUCAAAACAUUUAUCUUUCGCGCUUUAGCUAGUAUUUAGCUAGUAUUUAGCUAAAGUAACGAUUUUAUUUUAUUGAUCAAUAAACGAGGUACACAGAAUUCCACGAGGCUAGUAAGUGAGCGUAGCUGGCUGUGAAGUUGUUUGCUAGUAGCUAGCUAACUUGUUGUUGAUGUUUCUCGAGUCAACCAUUGCCGUUUUGACUGUUGCAGAAUUAUAAAUUAGAUUGGUGUGGUAAGAUUUCGAACGAGUUAUGGCAGACCCAGCUAGGAUAAAGACUGAAUCCAACUCGGAGAAAUCAUUGGCUGCUAGAAAAAGCCCUAAAACCGAAGACACUGAAGAAGUGCCCGUGACCUCGGAUGCAGACACCGAAUCAAAAGAUCCCUCAUCACAAUCACUCAAACGCGAACAGGACUCUGUGGCUGGAGAGGAUGAGGAUGAGGGAACCUCAGGUCAACCUGCUUCCAAAAAGCUUAAAGUGGAGCCUGAGAAGAAAAAGGAGAAGCGCCAAAAGGUUGACGAGGAUGAGAUACAGAAGAUGCAGGUUUUGGUCUCAUCCUUCUCUGAGGAGCAGCUUAACCGCUAUGAGAUGUACAGACGCUCUGCCUUCCCCAAAGCUGCCAUCAAGAGGCUGAUACAGUCCAUUACAGGAUCCUCAGUCUCUCAAAAUGUGGUUAUUGCCAUGUCUGGUAUUUCCAAGGUCUUCGCUGGAGAAAUAGUGGAGGAAGCUCUGGAUGUGUGUGAGAAGUGGGGGGACACACCUCCCCUGCAGCCCAAGCACAUGAGGGAGGCUGUCAGGAGGCUGAAGAGCAGAGAGCAGAUCCCCAACACCAAGCACAAGAACAUCCUCUUCCACUGAGCCACGCAUGCCCUGCUGAUUAUAGACAGAGCCAAGCGGUGAUGUAUUCACCUUUCAGAUGGUGGCAUCUUACACUCCGCUUUAUGUUCAUUCUCUAUUCCAAUGUCCAUUGGUUUGGCCAUGAAGGCAAGCGCAGUAUACUGUUGUCAGCAAUAGCCCAACUCCACCUUUGUGUUACAUUUGAGGGCAUUUACAUUUACAUUUUAGUCAUUUAGCAGGCGCUCUUAUCCAGAGUGACUUACAGUUAGUGAGUGCAUCAUUUUUUUUUUUUUCAUACUUUCUUGGAUAUACUAGUGGUCAAUAAUAAAAUGACCUCAGCAUCAAGAUUUGUGCUAAUGUUCUAAAAUACAUUUGAUUAUUUGAGCUGUUGGCGAAGCAUGUAAGUUGAAAAUAUGUAUCCAAAACUGGUCACUUCUAGUGCCUCAUUUGUUUUGUUUCAGUUAAAGCAUUUUAUUAGACCUCGGGUCAAUAACUGUGGGACAUAUUUCAAUAAAUAAAAGGACACAUUUGUUAAUGAUU